UCCAUAUCAGUAACGCAGUGCCGGUGGUAUCUCACAUCACAUUCACACAACAAACAACAAACAAUUAGAUCGGAAAAACAAAACAAAACAAUGAAGCUUCAACCGGUGUAGAAAGAAACCACACAGAAAUAGAAAUCAUAACUAUUAAUCACUAACCGUUGUUAAAUCUAAUUGAUUGUGUGCAUCGCGAAACACAUCGAUUAGAUCGAAUUCGAGAAAUGAAGGAUGACGAUGGACUUCCAACCUCAACAACAACAACGAGUAGCAAAAAGGAAAACGUGGAUUCGUCUUUUCUCGGGAAAGGACGCUACAAAUUCUGGGCAUUAGCUGCUAUUUUGCUUCUCGCUUUUUGGUCCAUGUUCACCGGUACCGUUUCUCUUCGUUGGUCUGGUAAUCUCAAUUCCUUGUCCACUGACCUAGAUACCCCAAUCCACGAUGACCUAGAUGUUCUCGAAAUGGAGGAGAGGGAGAAGGUGGUGAGGCAUAUGUGGGAUGUGUAUACCAACAGCCGUAGGAUCAGGUUGCCGAGGUUUUGGCAGGAGGCUUUUGAGGCUGCUUAUGAAGAAUUGACCAGUGAUGUUCCUGGUGUUAGAGAUGAUGCAAUUACUGAGAUCGCUAAGAUGUCUGUUCGUUCAGUUAAUUUUGAUCCGCCUCCUAUCCAAUCUACGAGAACACAAGAGUUUAGUAAAACCCUCAAGAUAGCUGAGAAAGGAAAAGAAGCCAUUGCAUCUCGGCGUGCUUAAAGACUACUAUAAUGAGCAGUCAAGGGUAAGUCAUGUGCUUGAGAGUGCCAUCAAAAGAUUGCAAAGAAACAGCUAUGGAUGAAGCCAUACUGAAAUUUCUAUUCUUUCCAUAAGCAAGAUGAUUAUGUAUUUUAAUAGGUUGUGGUUCUUUCAAAUUUUGCAGCCAAGUUCAAAAGUAGUAGUAAAUUAAAACGCUUUUCGUCAGACAAAUUUGACUGACUAUAUUUUCCUAUAUGACAAGUUGAUUUAUUUAUAUCUAAAUUAUUUGGUAAACCAAUAA